AUGAGCUCCUCAGAACCUGCAGCGCAGGCGUCAGAGAACACCAUCAGCACCUCUGAGGCGCCAGCACCAGCUCCAGCACAAGAACAGCAACCUCUUUCCAAAAAUGCCCAGAAGCGCCUCAGAAAAGCACAGGAGUGGGAAGCUGCCGCGGAUGAUCGCCGCGCAAAACGCAAAGAGAAGCGGAAAGCCUCCAAAAUCCGACAGCGCGAAGAGCGUUCUGCGCUGCUGGCUUCCGGCGUAGAUCGAUCUGUCGUGUAUCCCAGCAAGAGGCCGUCGACGCUCGUCCCCCUGUCGAUCAUUGUGGACUGCGACUUUGAGCAGUACAUGACGGACAAGGAACGCAUCUCGCUGAGCAGUCAGGUGACGAGAUGCUACUCAGACAACCGCAAUGCGCGCUACCGGUCCUGGCUCUGGAUGGCAGGGUGGAACGGGAAGCUGGUGGAGCGGUUCGAGACAGUGCUGAACAACAGCCACAAGAAUUGGAAAGGCGUGGGCUUUUGCGAGGGCGACUUUGUGGCCGCCAGCCUACUCGCAAAAGAGAAGAUGAAGAGCAAGGAAGAUGGCGGCGAGGUGUGCCCCUCGUUGCAGAGGAGCGCUGACGAAGAAGUCAAGUGGGAGAGGGACGACAAGGACCCUAUCCCUCUACCGGAUCCUGAGCCCGAGCCGGCGGAGGAGCUCAAGGACAUUGUCUACCUGACAUCAGACUCGCCGUACACACUGCACCGACUCGAACCGCACAAGAGCUACAUUGUCGGCGGACUGGUGGAUAAAAAUCGAGAAAAGGGGUUGUGCUACAAGAGAGCCCGCGCCAAGGGCAUCCGGACAGCACGGCUGCCCAUUGGCGAGUUCAUGGCUAUGCAGACGCGGCAGGUCCUGACAACGAACCAUGUUGUGGAGAUCAUGCUCAAGUGGAUGGAGUGUGAGGACUGGGGCAAGGCGUUUGAGGCAGUCAUCCCCAAACGCAAAGGCGGCGUGCUGAAGAGGAAGCCUGGGGAGAGUGAAGAGGCAGAGGAUGACAGAGACAGUGAAGACGAAGAGAGAGACGACGGUGGUGUGUCAAAAGAGCAUGCUCCUGAGCACGCUGAGCCUAUGGCAGAGGUUCCGGAUGUAGCAUCCGUUCCAGGGGCUCAAGCAUGA